UUAUUUCUGCUCAGAGGAGAGAGCGAGCGGUCUUAGUUUGAACAAAAUGGCUGCAAGAACGCUGUCAACGAGAGCUCACUGAACGCAUUAUGACUGUCCACUCCUACAUUUGGAUUUUUCGAGAAUGUAUUUUCUUGGAUUCGUUUUUCAAUUUGCAUUCGUAGUAGCAAGGUCGUCGGUCAGAUGUUGUUGCUAACCUGCUAGCUCCUCAGCUAGCGGCCUAAACACAAAUAAUUUCAUUUUGCACUUUAACCCAAGUUUCCUAGCUAGCUAGCCAUUUUCGUCGACAAUUUACUGAAAUCUGCCUAUUUUCUUUCAUUUGCAAAUUACUCCUUACAACAGUCGAUGACUAAUGCCAACUAGCUAACGUUAACUCCGCUACUUUUUGAGUCGGAAUUGUUUCUCUUGCUUUUUCGUUUUGCUGCUUUUUUUCCUAUAUCGUGAUACUUACGUUUAGCAUGUUUUUUUGUUGCGACAAUUUUACUUUUAGUGCAUCGUUGCGCUAAAAUACAAAUUUCUUACUGUGUGUAUUUCAAGUAUCGAUCUCGGUAUUUUUGUUAUUAAGCUGCUCAAACAGUUAUCCUGUCAGUCAGUAAGCCCCAUGCAGCAAGAGAGCUGCACUUGGCUAAUGCUAGCUAGCUGGAUAACUGCGAAGACUGAAUUCCUGAUUUGUAAUUUACGGGUAUUUUUCGGAAAAGGCACAGCAGAAUGCUUUUCUGCAUCGUUCUCUUUCAUGCACAAACUCUGUAUUGAAAGCUGCCAAAGCUCAACGUUGAUUACGCAAGCUGAGAGAAGCGAACAACACGAGAAGAGAACCAUUUGAUGGAAGAAAAUACAAAUAAAAAGCAAGAAAAGACCAAGAAGGAAGCUGCUCAGAAACAGGCUGCUGACACGAAAACCAAAGUGCCAGAGCCAGCUAAGCCCAGCCCCGGUCCCCUCCACCACCCCACCACCAGUGUGACCCUGCCCCAGGCCUCACAUCCCCCCUCCUCCUCCUCUUCAGUCAGAACCAAUGGGAAGCGCGCCCCCCCUAGCACCCAGCAAACACCACAGCAGCUGACCCCUCCGUCGUCGUCCUCAGGCCCCCGCUACCCGCCCCGUGAGGUUCCCCCGCGUUUCCGCCAGCAGGAGCACAAGCAGCUACUGAAGAGGGGCCAGCCACUGCCAGCCGGAGCCCUGAGUAGCCUCACCGUGACCCCUGCCUCUGACCCGCUCAUCUCCGGUGCCCCCCCUUUUUCCUCCUCCGCAGGCAAGCGCCACACAGACCUGCCCUUCCAGAGUGGUCCUGGUGCCCAGCAUGAGAAUCCCCACUGGGGAGCCUUACCACCAGCCACCGACCGCAGCAGCAGCACCACCAGUAGUAGCUGGGAUCAAGUGAUCAUCGACGGGAGCGACACCGAGGCCUGGCCCUCCAUCAGUCGCAGCAGCGUCAGCCGACCAGCGAAUCCUCCAGAAUGUGCCACAGCCGCUGACUGUACGAACCCAGAGACCAGCAGCUACAUGAGCAUGGCCGCGGGGGCUACUAGCCAGCAGGCCCACUACCCCUCCUCUCUCAAAGCUAACGUCGCUAACGUAGCUAGCAUGAUGCAGCCUAGCGGUGGCCAGGGAGUUGGAGCCAUCGGCAGCAGGGGCUGGGGCUCCGGACCAGGCCCCAUCCCCAUGGGCCCCACUGAGGGAGCCAAACCUGACGGCCUUGGGCCCAACUUGGGUCGGAGUGGAGGAGCACCCAGCUGGAACUCCCAGCCCAGCUUUAGCCUGAACCUGAACCCCAACGCCAACCCCUCGGCCUGGCCCGUGCUGGGGCAAGAAGGGGCUGGAGGUGGCCAGAACCCCGCCUCACUACCACCCAACGGUAUCCUGGGCAAUGGGAGCCUGGGAGGGGACGAGAACAACAGCAGCAGCACCUGGGGAGGCAUGAUGAGCCCUGAUGCCCCGUCCUCCAAUAAGAAUGUGUCUUUCAGCAGCAUGGAACACCCCAACCUUAACACUGACGGACAAAACAGCCACCACACUAAGCAGCCCCUCAGCCCCAUCCACGGCCUGCCCGGCUGGGGAGGCCAGUCCCCUACUGAGUCCUCCCAGCUCAACGGAGACGCAGGGAGCUCUGUCUGGGGCAACGAAGACACCAAGACAUCCGCUAACUCCUCCAAGAACUCAGGCUGGGACUCAGCACCCUCCGGAGGCAUGUCCGGCUGGGGCCACUCUGGCAGCGGAGGAGGCGGGAGUGGCAGUGGAGAAGGAGGCUGGGGGGGAGACUGGGGGAAGCACUCCAGCGGUGGAGGAGAGGUCAAAGGAGGCUGGGAUUCCUCAGAUGGCCCAGCCCAGGACCAGCAGGUGAGCUCCUGGGGCCAGCCAACCCCGGCCCCGGCUAGUGAGGGUAGCGGGAGCGGUGGCAGCGAGGGGCGCAUCCAUCGCAGGGAUCAGACUGGCAGCGAGGACGGAGGUCCCCCUCCCCUGCCUCGGCAGGACCUGGACCCCCGUGUGCUCUGCAACACAGGCUGGGGCCAGACGCCCGUCCGCCAGCACACCUCCUGGGAGAUGGAGGAGCAGCGUGCCGCCAACGAUAGGAAGACCAGCGAGAUGAGGGGAGGCGGUGGAGGGGACACAUGGAGGGGCUCCAACAGCCCCUCUUCUGGAUCCCCACCGGACCCCCGGAACGGGGGAGCCAACCCCAGCCUGGGACCAUCUCAGAGGCCAGGCUCAGGGGGCCCCGGAGGCAAGAGUGAGGGCCCUUCAGGCUGGGGAGGCCCUCCACCGUCAAGCUGGGGGGAGCAGCCUGUCAACAAGGCCCCCAACGGUUCCGUCAGUGGCUGGGGGGACCCCAUGGCCCAAGGCCCCAAUACCACAAACAAUGGCCCAAAGAGUGGAGGUCAAUCCUGGGGUGUCCCUGAGGAGAAGUCCUCCCCUACCUGGGACGACGGGCCAGCCAAGACCCAGCAGAACCAAACCCAGAGCUGGGGAGAGGGGCCCAAGUCCUCCUCCCAAGGCUGGGGCUCCGGCCACGGAAGUGGCAGCAAUGGAUCCAACGGCUCCAACGGCGGAGAGUGGAGAGAACCAGCCGAGGUGAAGAAGAAUGGGUCCUCCAGCCACAUGUGGGAAGGAGGAAAUGGACGAGGAGGAGGGUGGAAGGACAGCCCCAGAGGGGGUGGAGGAAAUGGGGGCGGCUGGGGGUCGAAGCCUGCCCCUGCUGUUGGUGGCUGGGGGGAGACCCAGAACCAGCAUCCCAACGGCCCAGCACCAGGAUGGGGCUCCAAGCCCCAGGAAUGCCCCAGCGGCGCAGCACCAGGAUGGGGCUCCAAGCCCCAGGAAAGCCCCAGCGGCCCAGCACCAGGAUGGGGCUCCAAGCCCCAGGAAAGCCCCAGCGGCCCAGCACCAGGAUGGGGCUCCAAGCCCCAGGAAAGCCCCAGCGGCCCAGCACCAGGAUGGGGCUCCAAGCCCCAGGAAAGCCCCAGCGGCCCGGCACCAGGAUGGGGCUCCAAGCCCCAGGAAAGCCCCAACUGCAAUAGUGGAGGAGGUGGACCAGGAGGAGGCAGCAUGGGGUCCUGGGGCGGCCCUGCAUCUGUAAGGCAGAGUUCCAACCCCGGCUGGGGCCCGGGGAGCUCCGGAGCCAAACCCGACCCAGCGAUGGAGCCCACUGGCUGGGAGGAACCCUCUCCUCCCUCCAUCCGCCGCAAGAUGGAGAUCGAUGACGGCACGUCCACCUGGGGAGACCCCAGCGCCUACAACAAGACCGUGAAUAUGUGGGACCGCAACAACCCCACUGGAGGUAACGGUAACCAAGGGAACAACCCCACCCAGCCGCCGACCAGCAAGAGUAGCGGAGGCUUGACCGUCAACAACAGCCACAACAACCACUCCUCCGUCCCCCCUAGCAACAACAAUCACCACCACAUGAACCACCACCACCUGCACCACGGACAGCCCCCGCCACACAGCCAGCACCACGGCAACAACAAUGGAUCCCCCAACACCGCCGCCCCGCACCAGGGCAGUGGACCCCAGGGCAGAACACCGAUGGCCAACCCAGGCUGGGGGGAGCUGCCCAGUGUCCAGCAGCCCAAGCCAGAGCCGGCGUGGGGGGAGCCCGCUGGCCCCUCUCCUGCAGUGGACAACGGCACCUCUGCCUGGGGCAAACCCCCUGGUGUUCCUGGAGGCUGGGGCGAUGGGGGGCACGAGCCCAAUGGACCCUACAGGAGGGGAAACAACGGACCCUCUGGACCUGCACCCUGCAAGCCAGCCCUCAAAUCUAUGCAAGACGGUUGGGGAGGCGGGAGGGAGGAGGAGACGGGCAUGUCUUCUGGCCAAUGGGAUGCUGAUGCCGGAGACGUGUGGAACAGCCCCACCUCCCAGGAGAACAACUCCUCCUGUAACUCGUGGGGCCAGCCACCCAAGAAGGGCCCGCCCAAGGGCAAGAUGGGCAACCAGCCAGACGAAGCCUGGAUCAUGAACCGUCUCAUCAAGCAGCUCACUGACAUGGGUUUCCCGAGGGAUCCUGCUGAGGAGGCUCUGAAGAGCAACAACAUGAACCUGGACCAGGCCAUGAGUGCUUUGUUGGAGAAGAAGACUGAACUGGACAAGCGGGGCAUGGGCAUGUCAGACUACAACAACGGGAUGAACAAGCCGUUGGGUUGCCGUCCUCAGGCCCUCUCCAAAGACCCCUCCUCGGACCGCAGCCCAUUCCUAGACAAGGACGGUGGUCUGUCAGACGACGCCCCCCCCUCACCGUUUCUGCCUUCUCCCGUCAGCCUGAAGCUCCCCCUGAUUAACAACCUGCAGCCUGGGCUGGCCCUGGGCUCCCCGGGGCUCAACAUGCACAACUUGAACAACAGACAGAUGCAGAGUGGAAUGUUGGGCAGUAGUGGAGCAGCACUAUCCCGGGCCAUGCAGCAGCCGCCUCCUCAGCCGUCAGUGCCGCCUCUCGGCUCCUCCCAGCCUAGUCUACGCGCUCAAGUGCCUCAGUUUCUCACCCCUCAGGUUCAAGCACAGCUCUUGCAGUUUGCUGCAAAAAACAUUGGUCUGAACCCUGCACUUUUAACCUCACCAAUAAACCCUCAACAAAUGACCCUGUUGUACCAACUUCAGCAACUGCAAAUGGCGUACCAGCGUUUACAAAUCCAGCAGCAGAUGAUGCAAGCUCAGCGCAACGUCUCCGGUCCCAUCAGACAACAAGAGCAGCAAGUUGCACGUACAAUCAAUAACAUGCAGCAGCAGAUCCAACAGCACCAGCGUCAGCUGUACCAGGCCCUGCUGAUGAAGCAGCAGCCCCCCGGCUCCCACUCCUCCUCAGGCCUGCACCCCGGCCAAGGCAAAUCAGCCCUGGACUCAUUCCCAGGCCACCCCCAGGCUCCGGGCCUCUCCGACCUGCACACCAAAGAGCCGCAUUCUUCUCCCAGCUCCUACAGCCCCUACCCCCUCUCUGGACUCAAUCCAAACAUGAAUGUAAACUGCAUGGAGGUGGGGGGCCUGUCCAUGAAGGAGCCUCCCCAGCCUCAGUCCCGUCUGUCCCAGUGGACCCACCCCAACUCCAUGGACAGCCUCUCUGGAAACUCCUCCCACAUGGAGGCCAACCUCAAUAAGCACGGUGCCAUUUCUGCUGCUUCUACUGGGCCCCCUGGAAAGCCCCCCCACAUGGAUGACUCCUACAGCCCCUACAGUAUGAUGGGUGGGUCUGAGUCCCCCACCUCCCCCCUGGUUCCCCCUGACAGCUGGGGCCAGGGACCGGGAAAGAGCCCCAAGGACCAGAUCACCAACGGAACGAAUAUCAACUGGCCCCCAGAGUUCUGUCCAGGCGUGCCCUGGAAGGGCCUGCAGAACAUUGACCCUGAGAACGACCCCAACAUGACCCCAGGAAGUGUUCCCAGCGGCCCCACCAUCAACACCAACAUCCAGGACGUCAACCGCUACCUACUCCGUGACCGCAGCGGAGGCUCCUCCCCUCCUUCACCGCCUCAGAACGGUGCUCUGCCCCCCGCGGACUGGCCAGUCAGUGGCUGCUACACUAGCUCUUUCAGUCUGUCCUCCCCGGAUGAGGAGAGUGCAGGUAAACUAUCUGACAUGAAGUCCACCUGGUCCCCGGGGCCCAUCUCCCACCCCUCCCAGGCUUCUCUGUCCCACGAGCUGUGGAAGGUUCCCCAGGGGCCCCGCAACAACACAGCCCCCUCCAGGCCACCUCCGGGCCUCACCAACCCCGCCAAGCCCUCCUCCACCUGGGGAGGAAACUCCCUGGGCCUGGCCCAAGGCUGGAGCAGCUCAUACACCUCAGAGGGCACAACCUGGAGCACAGACAGCUCCAACAGGACCAGUAGCUGGCUGGUACUGAGGAACCUCACCCCCCAGAUAGACGGCUCCACCCUGCGGACGCUGUGCAUGCAGCACGGCCCCCUCAUCACAUUCCACCUCUUCCUGACCCAGGGAAACGCUGUGGUGCGAUACAGCUCCAAGGAGGAGGCUGCCAAGGCCCAGAAGUCCCUGCACAUGUGUGUGCUGGGGAACACCACCAUCCUGGCAGAGUUUGCCGGGGAGGAGGAGGUGAACCGCUACUUUGCACAAGGCCAGCAGCAGCAGCUUCCGCCCACCACCAGCUGGCAGCCUAACCCCGGCACCAAUCAGACGCGCAUGGGCGGAGGCUCGCAGCAGCACGCCAUUGGCCAUCACUGGAGUGGCGGCCUUGGGGGAGGAGCCAAGACCGGUGGAGACCUGCUGUGGGGGGGCGUGCCCCAGUACUCCAGCCUGUGGGGGCCCCCUAGUGGCGAUGAUAGUCGCGGCGUUAUCGGGAGCCCCAACCCCAUUAACACGCUGUUGCCAGGCGACCUGCUGAGUGGAGAGUCCAUGUAGGACAACACACUAACAAACCAACCAUGAGAAUGGAUGUUUCAACGCUGGAACAGACAGUGGAAAAAUAAUAAUAAAUACACAAAAAAAUUACAAUGAACAGGAACAAAACCAAGCAAAUCAUGUGGCGAUAAUCAGUAUCAACGGAACUGUGAAUCGUGUACCGGAAGGCUGGGGGCGACGACACAAGACUGCUGACCCCUACGCCCUUCGGUUUUUACGUUUUUUUCCCCUUCUUUUUAGUUGACUUUUUAAAAGGGGAUUUUGUUUUUAGUAUUUGAUAAAUGUUGGAAGCAAACAAAAAUGAAAUGCCGAAAAGACUCAAUGAAGAGAGAACCAUUAAGUGUUUUUAAGUUUUCCAUGAAUAUCGCACUUUCUGUGUGAAGUGUUUUUUUAGGAGAAGCAAUCGUAGAAGCUGCCAUUUUGAAUCUUUCCUUUGCCCACGAAACUACAAAUUGAUUUAAAAAAGGCCAUUCCCAGCAUGCCCGUGGUUUAAAGACCUUUUACUUACGUUAUUGUUUUGUUUCCAAGCACUAAUAUUCGCCUUAAGCGCUCUACUGCGGCCCAGGUCCUCCUUCAAUCUCAAGCCUUUUUCAUUGUAUUGAAACUGAAGAAAUAUUGUGAUUUUGAAAGCUUGCUCAGUUCCCAUCUCUGAGCCAGUGAAUGGAACAGAACAAGUGUGAUCAACCAAGGUCGUAUUCACUAGGAACGAAACGGAAGCAAGCGGACUGAAACUGAGGGACUACCUGAACUUUGUCCAAUAAGAAAUGCUUGUUUUCGCAUGCUGUUGCAAAACGUUUUGCCACGUGUGCACCUAAUGAAUAUGAUGACCCCCAAGUCACUCGGCAGUAUGAGGCCUGUCAACACUGACCCAACCAAUCAUCAGUUAAAACCUUUUUCCGUUUUUUUGGUCGUUCAUUUGUUCUUAAAGGGAUUUACACUGCUGUUUUUGUUCUUUUUGUAUAUCGGGCGCAUUUUUAUAUCUAUCGCAACAUAAGCUGAGAGAUUAUUACACAUCGACAGACCUAGCUGCAUCUGUUUUAUGUGUGUUCUUGAGUAUAUGUCUGAUGGAACCUAAUCAUUCACGUCUGGGAGUUCAGAUUACCACUGCUCAGAAGAACUACGACUUCAGCUAUACUCACCUAACGAGACUUACAGGUGCUUCUUGUCAAUUAUUAACAUUAUUAGUCGGUUCCGUUGUUGACCCUCUCGUCCCCAUUAUGGUCCACCAGUUUCUGGAAACGACGACAAAAAAAAAGAAAACGCUUCAACUUGAUGUGAAAGUUACAUUGUGCAAUAUAUACGCCACAGACCCUUCUUCUUCCGUCCACACUCAAGUCCAAACAGGAACUGGUUUCUUUACAUUUUUCGUUCUUGAUUUUUGUUGUCGAUCAAAGCAAAGAACUUAAGAACUACAGAAACUUUACCUUUUCUAAUUUUUGAUUCCCACCAGGCCUCCCCCUUGACCCCCCCAUGAAAAACCGUUGCGUUAACUCUUGCCGGAGAGGAGGAGCGAGGAUGGUGUUACUAUUAGAACUGUGUGUUCAGAAACUGUCUCUGCAGCCCUGAAACUCCUCAUACGUACACAUUGAACUGGGGUACAUGAGAAAGCACCAUCAGAAAGCCCUUCCUCUCCAUGUUGCCACAGCCACACUGAACAGACUGAAUCCAGGUGGGGGAGUCACUGGAGGGUCACUGGAGAUCUGGCACAAUACCAAAUAAGAGGGGUUUAUCCUAAUGCAGUAGAUCUACUACGAGUGUUCCUUGUAUUUGGUACUGUGCAAAAAUGUAAAGGAUAGACUAAGUAACCUUUUGUCUAUUUCAAAGGGUUUUAUCAUAGCACUUAUGAAGAGAGCUAAACGCUUCAACUUGCAAACCAAUAAAUCAGAAAAAUGGAGCAGCAACUUUGAAAACGGACAAAAAAAAGAACUCUUGCUCUUUUUGUACUGUAUCUAUACUUGGAAAUAACUUCUGGUAUUUGUUUGUUCCUCUUUGGUCCAAGGACUUAAAAUGGUAGCAGGAUGAAGAAAAGAAAAAAAAGGAAGUCUACUUUUAUCUGACAAAAAAGUCUGCAGUGUUUGAUUUUUUUCUAAAGACAUUUUCUUUUAACUAUAUCAAAGUGAAUAUCACUGUUACUCCAAAAUGUUUAGCCUUUUUCUUGUCUGGAGACACUAGACAUGCAAUGUUACCUGUCUCCGGCCAACGGUCGGUCGGAGUGGGGAGGGGGACGGUCACGGUCCACUGAGUGCCUCUCUGCUGUGGUGCCCAUGGCGAUGGUCGCUAGGCAAGGCUACCCCCACAGCAGUAUUUCCUCCUGGGCUGGCACCAAGCUCUCCCAUUGGACACCCUCAGCCCGGCAGGAAACCACGCUCCCUCCAAGACUGGCCUAUCAGCACGGAGCUAGCCAGCUAACGACCGCGCCAGCAGCACUCGACCUCGUCUCAACCAACCCUCUCCAUUUCCCCUAAUCUUCUUUCACACAAAGAUCACUUUAGCUGGAAGUCAAGAGACAGUCAAAUUUCUGGAAUUUUGCCAGUGUUUGAUUAAUUUUUAUUUAGUUUUCGUUUGACGUUAUGUAUUUUUUUAUUUGUUAUUUUUGUCUACAUGCAGUGGUCUUUUCAAGAUGGCUGCUUGAAACUAGCCCUUUUCACUGUUCAUAUGCAGAAACACUUUGGUCAGAGGUGCCUCUGUAUGUUCAUCCUGUGUAUUGAAUGCAAACGAGGAUCAAUACUACAGCCCGUCAUUGAUUGUCUAUUAUUAGUUAGUAUCUUAACUGAUUGAUUGAUCAUUGCUUUGUUUUGGACAGUAUUCUGUAGUACUUCCAGGCAGUAUCUCAAGAAGUGUAAGUUAGACCAAUAGGGUGUCUCAGAUGGGUGAGUGUGUCCUGCCUGACCCUAGCUGCUCCACCUGGGUUCCACCAGGGCUGUCCCCUCUCGCCCACUCACACAGCUGCUACUCUACACCCUCCAGUCCCCACCAAAGCAAACAACCUAGGCCAUGGCCCUCCCCCUGACCAGACAUAAACAGCGACUCAGUUCUGUUUCUAUGCAAAAGACUAGAGGCUGCGGGCCCUUUACAGCCAACGUGCCAAUCCUGCCCUAAAGAUUGAGCACCGACUCACAGAGCUAGACCCAUUAACCUCCUGCUGUAUGUACCCUUCAGCACUUAGAAUAUGUCCGCUCCUGGUCCUUAUAGCUGGGUUUAAACCACAACACUGUCGUAUUCCAAACUUCCUCCCUCCCUCUAUGGGGAGUUAGUACCACUGAAGUGGAGGUAUAGUAGGCCUCUCUUUACUGUGCUGAAGAAGACUGAUCUCCUAUCAGCUUGAACUCAGGGUAGGAGAUGACGUUAAAAGAUGCAGCUCUCUCUGUAUGCAUGUCCUUUUGCUGUAGUGUAACAGAGCCAAGUUCUACACUAACUAAUGGCAAGCUGUGCAGUAGUACUAUAGACUUGUUUUGGUUGGAGAAUUGUUUUUGGGGAACGGGAUAGUAAUGGUUUCCCUUCCCAACUAUAGGCCUACUGUAAUGUUACAAUGUAGAGGCCCAUUCUGCAUGUAAGAUGCCAAUGUUAUCCUAUGUGCCAAUACAAUAAAAUAUAUAGAUCUCAAACUAGCCCAUGUUAUACGAUCUGGAGAAAGAGCUCUUCUCUUCCCAGGAUGGAGGAUCUUUGAUAACCUUUGUGAUGGAGGCAGGGGGGCAGGAGGGAUCAAACAGAUGGGUGGGGGCAACACACCUCAUCCUGAACCACUGAGAUAAUAUGGCCGGGUCUCUCAUGGCACCCUGUUCACGAUGUAGUGCAUUAUAUAGGGACAUAGGGUGCCAUUUGUGGGGAAUGCCCUGUUGUUGAUCAAAUCUUUGGCGGAUCCAAGUAUCCUAUGGUGCACAGUCAGUUUGAUGUUGGGUAAUCCUGGGUACAUAUUUUUUUAAACCAAAAAUGAAUUUCUUGCAUUUUAACGUCAUUUUAAUAUGAAGUUUGGCACAAAAUCAAGAAGAAAAAAUUAUAAAAAAUAAAAAAAACGGACUAAAAUAAAAGAUCUAUAAUAUGUUAAAACUAAAGCUCUGCACUUCUAGCUGAAAUGUCUCCAGUCCAGCAACCUGUAACUUCUACCAUCCAGGGAGUCAGAAUGCAGGCUGGGGAGCCUUUUUGUGGAUGCUGUAUUUAUCCUAUUUCUUAGUUUCCUCUCAAAGCGGACCCACAACUGUAUAUUUCCACAGACCCAGAUGGCUUCGGGCCCACUGUAUCAGCCCAGGUCGCUCGCCUCACUGUUUCUGCGGUAGGCAACGAGAGUGGACGCAUUUCAAAAGGUACAAAGUCUUAACAAAAAAAAAAUGGGAUAAGGCUACCUUUUUGGGACUGUUCGGCGUCCUGCAGCACACUAGCAAAAAUCACUAUUGCCUGUUUCUGUAACUGCCUUGAUCCAAGCUCAGAGACCAAUUAGCCGGGUGGGGGCCUCCAAACGUCCGCUCGGUGUGUGUGCACCAGCACUGAGGGGCAGGCCGUGCUCUCUCUCUACUGCUUAACUAUAGAUAUAUAUGGAUAUGUACGCUCGGUGUGUGUGUGGUAGGUAGCACAUCAACAGACACCUUGGAUCUCAAUCUCUGAAACCUUUUAUUCCUCUUAAAAGGUCUGGGUUCAAUACAAACUGAAGAUGAGCAAUAUGUAUUCCCCCCGCAAAUAAGUGAUCUGAAGGAAAUGGAAUGGGUUUAGUGGUUAAACUGGUACUUGAUGGAUCAUGAGUAAUGUCUUUCCUACCUGGAGUUGGAUAUGCACGUUCUGGAUUUAUGAACAUAUUACAGUAAGUACCUUGAACUACUUGUACUGUAUGUGAAUUUGUCUAAAUAACCUGAAAUCACCUGUUUUUUAAAUGCAUACUUUCCCAGUAGAGAAAAAUAUCAUUAAACAUAUCAACACACAAAUAUAAACACAAAUACUUGAAUCAAGGAGCGCCAAUAACGUAAUGUGAAGUCUCUUUUGUAAAAAAAAUAAAUAAAAAAAAAAACAUAAAAAAAACCAUUUGACUAGUACACUUCCAA